ACUGUACACUGUUAUAGUAGACCAUUGUCUCAUAGUAGAGAAGUCCUCAUCGCAACAGAUAACAAAAAUUGUUCGUUACUUGCUUCAAUUUGCUUCUCAUCAUGGCGUCUAAUUUUCGAGCAGAGGCAUAUGAAAAGGUCAAGCUACGCGCUAGGAAAGGUCAAGACAUGACAUAUGGUCAUGUGAUAUACACGGUGAGCCAAUCGCUUUUUACUGUAAAGAGCACGGAUUACCCGUCUCUGACCGAUGUGCUAUCAAAGAGCACUGUCAGAAACCGUGUGAGCUAGACGACAUCGAGGAUGUCAUCUUGGAGAGGAGGAAGAAACUGUACGACAAGCAGCAAGAGAUAGUGGAAACGAAGAAACAACUGAUAACGCUUGACUCUAAACUAGAGUCCACUGCAACUUCUGCAAGUAAACAUUUUCAAUCAGUCAACGAUGAACUUAAGGUGGCAUUCGAAGACAAAUUAAACAGUGUGAAAGACAAAGAGAAACGAUCGAUUCGUUCGAUCGACGAGGAGGCGGAUAACGAAAUACAAAUCAUUAAUGAUAAGAGGGAAAGACAAAUCAAAUCAUGCCACGAAGAAGCAGAACAGCAACAAUUAAUUCUCAAAGAAAGCCAAGCAAAACUCGAGUCAGAAACAAAAGAAAUCAACGAGGUGAUUCCUAAAAAGAUAAAAUGUCUCAAAAAUAAGCAUCAGCACGCAAUCAGCACAUUGGAUAAUAUUGAUUCCAAGAUAAAACGAAUCACAAAAGAGGACAAAACAUUAGUGAAUGAAGCUCCUAAAGUGCUUGCAUCCCUAGAUGACAGCAUAAGCUUGAAUGUUUAUCAAGAUGUUAGCGACUGUCUUGAACGAAUACAACGUGAAGUUCAGAGAGUGAAGUUUGUUGAAGGUGAAGUAGGUGGGGAACACUACCGGAGAAUCGAUGGCUAUAUCGGUAAAUGGGAGCUUGUCAAGUCAAUCCACAUUCCAUCGAUUCUUAAAUCACCUUUAGUGCAAGGUUUGAUCAGUGAUGAUGAGAUAUGUGUGCGGGACGUAAGGAACGAUGACGUGUAUGUUACACAUAUCAGUACUGAACGCACAAAGAAAGUCAUUGAAGGAGAUUGUAGCGUGUGGUGUAUCAUGCGCCCCCAUAGACAGCAAUGUAAUAGUAUGUGGUAAGAGGAGACGGGACUGCGAGGGUGACAGUGUGGAUGGAUGCAUCACUCUCUAUGACAGACAAUGGAAGAUGAUUAGAGACAUCAGCAUACCGAAGAAUAACAGCCCUGAUGAUACUAGUGUCUACGUUGAUGUUGACAGGGAUGGGAUGAUCCUCGCUGCUCAUUUUGAUAUGUCUAAUAUCUAUGUCAUCAACCCUGCGGAUGGUAAGAUUCUAAACACUAUUACAAUGCAGGACAAGGUGGUGAGGGGUGAGAUACAAGCCUUGACAUCAGGUGAUAUCGUUGUAAAGACAGGUAAUGAUCAAUUCACUGUCAUCUCACGAUCAGGAGAAGAGAUGGCUGUCAUACACUUCGAUGAGUGGUGCGGGUCACGGUGUCGCGUUGACAAACUGACAGACACACUCUACAUCGCAUACUGGGAUACAGAGCACACUAUCUACGCAGUUGAUCAGGUGUCAUGUGAUGGUAUCAUCCAGGCAAGGAGGAUCGUGGAAUAUGAGAAUUCAGACCGGAACAGCUACCUGUACACUAGCCGAUGCUUAGUAAUUCCUACUGGUAAUCUUGUAGCUUGUGACGGAGACAAGUUAUUUGUGUACAAGAAGAGAUUGAUUGUAUAAGUCAUCUGAAGAAAUAGAUGGAGUUUCUCA